UUGCCAGCAACAUGAUCCUAGCAGACGACAGCCACAUCCUGGCAGAGCUGGACAUGUACCUAGACAAGCAACAGUUCCUCAGUCUGUACCAGCCGCCCAACCCUGACGAGGACUAUAAAGGCAGCGGGAUCCGAACUAAGAGGAAGGCGGCUAGAAACACUCGCUGGAGGUGGACCAAUGCGGAAUUGCCCUAUCUGUUUGCAAAAGGACAUUUCGACAAAAAAGAAGAGUACCUCAUCCGAAGAGCAAUGACCGAGUGGGAGAGGUACACCUGUAUGCGUUUCAGACCCGCGGUCAAGACUGACCGGAACAGUGUCCGGUUCCAAAAUGGCGUCGGGUGUAACUCUCAAUUGGGAAUGGUCGGCGGCGUCCAAAGCCUCAACCUGCAAGCUCCGGGCUGUCGUUACAAAGGUCUGUACCUGCACGAGAUCGGGCAUGCCCUGGGUUUGGUUCAUGAACACCAGUUGCCAGACCGUGACGACUACAUCAGAAUCCUCUACGAGAACGUGGACCCAGUCAUGCGUAUCUGGUUCAACAAGUAUACUUCCAAAGAGGUCAACCAGAUGAAUGUCAAGUACGAGUAUUCCUCGGUGAUGCACUACGGUAUUACUGCAUUCUCUCACGACGGGAAAUCCCAGACAAUCAGCGCCCACGACAAGUCCAAGGAGGCCAGCAUUGGGCGAGUUUACCUGAAGGAACUAGCAUACACUGAUGUACACAUAGUCAACUUGAUGUACAACUGCUCCAGUCACUGCAGCAACCAGAAUGAGUGCGGGUCGGGCGGACAUCUGGACCAAAACUGCAAGUGUAUAUGUCCGGACGGAAGUAGCGACUGCGCCAGAAACAACAGAAACAACAACGAAGCCUGUGUCAACAACUACGACAGCUGGGCCUGCUACAUCUGGGCCAACCAGGGCGAGUGUGAGAGGAAUCCCCUCUACAUGAAGCAGGAGUGCGCCAAAGCUUGUGGCGUCUGUGGCACUGACCUUAGCAACAAGGGUAUGUGCCGGGAAUUCCCUGAUGUUUGUGCACGUUUUGUGUGUGUCUGGGGGUGGGGGUGGGGGAGGGUGGUUGGGUGGUUAGCUUUUACUUCCCACGCUUUACAAGACAUACAGUGCUAUUACAUAAAUAAGAAAGAUAAAGUGUUAUUAUGCGUCUGCAGCGACGUCUUCCAGGACAGAAAGUGUCAGAUGUGGAAGGAAAGGGGAGACUGUGUCACCAAUCAGCGAUGGAUGCAGAUCAACUGUAGAGCCACGUGUGGGUUAUGUGGGGAUGUGGCUACACGGCCGCAAGUGAACUGCAAGAAUGCGCCAGAGCAUGAGGCUAAGUGCGACGAGUGGGCCAAAGAUGGCGAGUGCUCUGUCAACGCAGAUUGGAUGUUUACCAACUGCCGGAAAUCAUGCGCACUGUGUGACGUUGAUGGCAUCGGUUUCAGCGGCAACACGACAGGCGUGGACGAAGACAAUAUGGCCUGUGAAAACAACGACCCAAUGUGUGAGGAGUGGGCUGCCGGCGGGGAGUGUGGAAAAAACCCCAGCUGGAUGAUAACCAACUGUAGACAGGCUUGCAAUAAAUGCGACGACGGUAAAUGCAAGAAUCUCUACGACGACGUACAGUGCGAGAUCUGGGCGCAGAAGUUGGAAUGUCUCACAAACACGGAAUGGAUGGGCAAACACUGCUCCAAGGCGUGUGGUCGAGGCAUCUGCGUGGGCACAGAUCCAUCCUCGCGGCCAACCACAGCCAAGCCAGGGAAAUAUUCAACAUCCAGUUCUCCAGUCACAAGUGGUGAGUACUUGUCUCCCUGUCUUAACCGGCACAAGUCCGACACAGAGUGCGACAUCUGGGCCCGCCACGGUCACUGCAACAUCAACCCGGGCUGGAUGAAAGCCAACUGUGCCCUCGCCUGUAAGGUGUGCAGCGGUACCGGCACCACAAAGGGGACGGGUGUCAUUACAGGUGGUUGCCAGGACACAGACUCCAGCUGCGCUUCCCGUGUCGCGAAAGGCGGCUGUAACAACGAGCCUAGCUUCACGCUAACACGCUGCAAGAAGUCCUGCAACAACUGUAACGGCUGCCGGGACACCAACGCCCUGUGCGGCAUCUGGGCGGAGAAUGAUCACUGCAACAUUAACCCGAGGUACAUGCUGAAACAGUGCCAGAGGUCCUGCAACACUUGCUUCGUGUAA